AGUCUACGACUAAGUUAGCCAUGGCUCUUCGUCAGUUUGUGCGCUGUUUCACUGUGAUCAUUCUUUUCUGCAAAGGAUGUCAUUCACAGCAGCCUGCAUGUUUCAAAGCUGUGAAAAACGGCAAUAUCACAGGAUCUCAAGAUGGAGGUUGGCCAUGGCAGGCAACUUUAUUCAUCAAUAACAGUUUGUAUGGAGGGUCUCUGAUCACUGACCAGUGGGUCCUGACAGCUGCUUCCUUCAUCACACUUUCUGAUCGCCCCAACACAGUUGUGUAUCUGGGCCUCCACAACAUAUCAGAGCCAUAUGCAGUGACUCGGACACUUGAAAACAUCACCUGCCAUCCUAAGUACAACAGCUCGACACACGAGAACGACAUCUGUCUUCUGAAGCUGUCGGCUCCUGUGAAUUUCACAGACUACAUUCAGCCGAUCUGCUUAGCCUCAGAAAACAGCACUUUCAACAGUGGCACCAGCAGCUGGAUCAGUGGUUUUGGUGGUGGUUCAUGUCCCAGCAUCCUGAAGGAGGUGAAUGGAUCAAUAGUGGGAGCCAAUGAGUGUAAAUGCUACUAUAAAAACCUCACUGGGAUCACAGAGAACAUGAUCUGUGCUGGGCUCAGCGCUGGAAGAAUGAGCCCAAUUUAUAGAGACUUAGGGGGACCUCUCAUUUCCAAUAAAGAUUCGAUCUGGGUCCAGAGUGGAGUUGCAAAUGUUGGUGCUGCUGGCUUCUUCGAUCCUAUGAGACCUGGAGUCUACACUUGUGUGUCCCAGUACCAGAAAUGGAUCAAUGACACCGUCACCGGGACACCACCAGGCUUUGUUAACUUUACCUCCCCAGGCACUGACAAUGACUUAAACUUCACCUGUCCUACAUCACCACCGACAAAUUCCCCCACCACUGUUGCCAACACCACUGUUCCUACCACUGUUGCCAACACCACUGUUGCCAACACCACUGUUCAUACUACUACUGUCCACAGUGGUGAAAACCUAAUCCACUUCACUCACUUCAACUCACUCUGUGUUUUUGUUUUGUUGAUUCAUAUAUUUACUGGAAAUGGAAUGUAACGCAACACAUUUGCUCAAGUCAUAUAUUUAAUUACACACUAUAAUACUUGCACUCAUAAAGUACUUGAGUGUUUGUUGUUAUGACACUCCAAUACAUUGAUGAGACAGCUCGAGCUUCUAGUUGCUUUAAAAUAAAUCAUUAAUUAGACCUGUACAAAAAAUUAUAUUAACGAUUAAAUCGUUGUGCUUUCUCUUGCAUGACACAAAAUACAAAAAACUACCAACUCAUGAAGCAGAUUAGACAUUUUGACACACAAUCAUUUUUACUUCAAAUUUGAACAUACUUUUCAUUAUAGUUUCUCAAAUAUGAUGAUUGCCAUAUUUUCUAACUCUUUUAAUAAAGUAAUUAAUUUAUAACUACACCUUGAACAAGCUGAGGAUUGCAACGGUGUCAGUAACUUUUGUGAUUGUCAUUAAAAGUUGUGAAAUGGUAAAAUGUUGGCUCAUUUCUGUGGUUUGGUCAAAAUAUGAACUGAAUAAUUAGAAUUUUUUCCAGUCUUGUUCUUUGAUGAAACUUUAGGUUCAGUGGUGACACAUUAUGGCGUGUGUGUGUAUUAGGGAUGUUCCUGCAUCGACUAAACAAGGAAAAAACUUAGACUAACUGACUAGUCGAAAACGCUUGGAAAUCAAUUAAAAUUUUAGGACAAUGUCAAAAAAUGUCUAAAUAAAGGCAUUUGAAACCAUUAA